UUGCCAUUAUUCUAUACCGCAACCAUUUACUUUAGUACGGAUGAACUAUUAACUGUCUCUCGGCAAUUUUUCUACGACCGUUGGUGUCGCCAUCGCGUGGUUACUUGUCUUGAUUGGUCGGUCACCUUUCCUGAACUUCUGCUAGCUGCCUAUCAUUCCAACGAAGAGGCGCUUCAUGAGCCUGAGGGCGUAUGUCUUGUCUGGAACAUGAAAUUCCCCAGCAAGACCAGUCCGGAAUAUAUUUUUCAUUGUCAUUCUCCAAUAACUUCAGCGACAUUCGCGCGAUUUCACCCAAAUCUUGUGAUUGCUGGCACCUAUUCCGGUCAAAUUGUUCUCUGGGACAGUCGGUAA